AGCACGGUGGCACUAAGAUAACUUGUUAAACAUUUGGACAGGGUUACCCCCUUUUCCGGGAAAAAUAGAUUCGCCCAUGGAGUGUUCAUAGGAGUCAGUGCUGCGCGCAUGCGCUGUUGCCGAGCAACGAAAUAUUCAUCUGGUAUUGAAAACACGACAACGGACUAUUUCGGCUGAAAGAAAUGCUAAACUAUCGGCUCAUCGGUUACCGCAAGUCGGGAAGUCGCUCAGAUGUCGCACACACAAGAUGAAACGCUUUACUACAUUAUGGUUUUAUUUUGUGUCACAACUAUGUUGCCAAGUCCCUGUAAAGUAAAUAAGGGACAGCUCAUCAGCAGCCUUCACCCUUCCUGGCGUGGUGAAUUUUUUUAGCCCCUUUUUUGAAUCAUCAGCAUGCAGCACAUUUGUGGCAAGGCUUCAUCUGAAAAGGUCUUGAAUGUGUGUAAUGAAGCUUCAAAACCAAGAGAUAAACAGUGCUCUGCAGGGAAAGCAUUUAACCACUAUAGGGAGACAGAUCGGCAGCAUAAAGUAAAACGUCUAAAGACCCGCAAAGAGAGAUGCCAGACGAAAGGUGUUUGGAAAGAGAACUCAAAAACAAAAUCACAUCACCAUCACUGCCAUCGUCAAAGCAGGACAGACAUGGCAUUUUUCCGGAACUGCUGUCAUAAUAGCUGUCACCAGACAUCAAGGAAAAAUACUCCUAUUUCAAGCACCGUUCCUGGCCCACAGGAGCCCAGUAUCAUCACAGAUAACCGCCUCCUAGGACACCAUGGCCUUUUUAACCGUGAGGUGAAGUCCAUUGAUAUUGAACGCUUGCUUAGCACGCAUAACAAGCGGAAACAAAUUGGACAGCAAGUGGAAAAAAAGAGCAGUGAUACUAUGCAUCUGUCUAUGGAUGAUGUGGUAGGUGCUGAUGCUGGCAAUAUUAUGCCAUCUGAAAAGAAAGAGGACCCUGCUGCAAAAACCGAUGAUGACAACCAAGAAGUAGAAGUGAAAACCCAUCAGUUUGAUAAUCAGGGAUCUAAUGGUUCACCUAUUCAGAGACAACAGGAACAGCUUGAUCUUUCAUCUGGAAGCUGUAAAAGCAAACUCUCAUGUAAACGCAACAUUCAGAAUUUAAAAACGACAAACACCAACAACAAUGUCCCCUCUGGAAAGGACUCUGAGACUCCCUUAGCUAAAAGAAACAAUGUGAAAACUUUAAACCUUGACGUUAAAAGACACGCUAUUUCUGAUCUAGAACAACCCCAUGAGAACCGGGAUCACCACACUCAAACAGACGGCGUCAACCCAAAUUAUUUUCCACUUUCCAGUUCACCUACUACUGACAGUUUUGACAUACUGCGCCGAAAACAAGAUCCUGAAUAUGUAUCAGAGUCCGUCAGUGCACUGGCCGCACAGUUAUGUGAGCGUCUGCAUCUACCACUUCUGAAAAGGAGAAAUCUGUUGUCAGAGAGCAGAAAGGAGCUGUUGAAAUCCCUGAAGGAGAGGCACGGAUCCUCGCUGCAAGCAAACCUCAGUGAAGUGCAGCAGUGGGUCAGGUUUGGGAAGUGUCCCUCACAGACCACGCGGGACCAAGAGUCUACAACGAUGGAAGAAGAUGAGCUUUUGUCUACAAAUGCAUCCACCAAAAUCAACAGAAGUAAACAUUUUAACUGGAAGCCCAGUCCACUGCCACGCCAGAGUCUGCACCAGACUGCUGAGUGGGUGGCAAACCCCCUGGAUAUCUCUGCCAAUCUUUCGGAUGAAUCCUUCAUACCAAGUUUGUCUCCCCAGUUCUACAUGGAUUUUGAGCAGUAUGGGAGUUCAGCAAGUGGGUUGUUUUCUCAAUCUCCCACCUCAUGCCGAGAAGUGAAAGCCUCAGCUUUUGAUCACUGGGAAGACACUUCCAGGAAGUCAAACGGUGGAGAGUCACUAUUUUUGGAUUCAUUUAAAAACAAUUUAAUGAACCACACUAUAGAAGUUGGGGAGAGUAGCCAGAGACCACAGUAUCACUGCAGGAACAUCCAGCCCUUGUUUCCCUACCAAGCACAUCUGCCAGAUGGACAAUCAGAGGAACCACUGCACUUUAGGCAGGACGAGCAAGACCCAUUUGGACCUGACAGGCACUCAUUUGUUCCCUUUUUUCCUGCCCAAGUUCACCGUUCUCCUCAGAGAAGCCAACUCCAGCCUUUCAGCCAAUUCAGUCAAAGUUCAGCUUGCACAAGUUUCAGGUCCCAUCACAUUGACAUGAUGCAUUACCCCCCAUCCCACAUGAUUGAAAACAGCCCAGCACCUCCUAGUUCUUCUUUCCCCAGCCCUGAUCGCUGGGCUUUUCCUCCUAUGAGACUGUACUAGUGUGGGAAAGCUCAGCAUGGAGACAUGACUGUGAACAUUUUUUUAAUUUGUACAAUUUUUAUUAGAAAUAUCAUUAAAAUCAACAAAAAACUUCUGUCAUCACAAGAACUGCUGCUUCUUUUUGUUACACAUAUUCACCAGAUUUUUUGCACAAGCU